GCAUUAUUGAUCAGGAUAUAUCAGUUUUGGGUGUGCUUCGAUUUAUUUCAAAACAAUAUCAAUGAGCUUGCCGCAAGCAGGUAACGAGCCAAUCGGUGAUUGGCAGAAGCUGAAGCUGCUCCUGUGGAAGAAUUGGACGCUUCAAUGGAACCAGAAAAUUCAACUUAUUUUUGCACUCGCUCUGCCGGUAAUAUUUCUGCUGCUUAUUGUUGUGUUGCGUGUGCUGGUGGAGCCCGAAUCGAUGCCCGUAAUUAGAUACCCGCCAGUGUCGAUAUCGGAUAUGAAUUUAUUUCAGAAGUCAGUAUUACACGGAAAUCUAAUUAUGCACGAUAAUGGCACGCUAAAUAUACCCAAAAAUAUACUCUGCUAUACGCCAGAUAGCACCGCUAAUCGUGCCAUUAUUACGGCUGCCACAAUGCGUCUGAGACUUUUGAGCUGGCGAUCCUACGACACCGCCUCGCACAUGGAAUAUGAUCUAGUAACGCACAACUACUUGGCGGGCGUGGAGUUCGUGAGCGAGACGACAAGUGCACUGAACGAGAAGGGAUUCGCGUACACAUUCAAUUACAGACUUCGAUUUCCCAGCGAACUGCGCACCAUGUACGGGCCCAUUAUUGAGACGUGGCGGACGAGCAAUCUGUUUCCCAACUACGAUAUGAGUGGGCCGCGCAACAUGAAUGCCAGCGAUGGCGGGGUGCCUGUUGGCUAUGUCAUGGAAGGCUUUCUGCCACUGCAACACGCCCUGACCAUGUCCUGGCUGCAACUGAGCACGGGGCGCACAAGCGAACAACUGCCACAGAUACAUCUGCAGCGGUUCCCCUACAGAUCGUACAUAUAUGAUCCGCUGCUGAGCGGCCUGCAGCAGCUACUGUCGUUCAUCAUACUGCUCAGCUUCAUCUAUCCGUGUUCGUUUGUGGCGAAGCACGUGACCAACGAGAAGGAACUGCAGCUGAAGGAUAUCAUGAAACUGAUGGGCAUCCACAACUGGAUCCAUUGGCUGGCCUGGUUUAUCAAGAGCUAUGCCAUGCUCAUGAUUGUGGUCGUACUGCUGAUGUGCCUGCUGCUGGGCAAGUAUUACAAGUCCGUUGCCAUUCUUACCCAUUCGCAUUGGCUGCCCCUGCUCGUAUUUCUGCACACAUAUGUUUUUGCGAGCAUUUGCUUUUGUUUCAUGAUUGCCGUUUUCAUUUCCAAGGCCAGCACAUCGGCGGCAGCAACCAGUAUUCUGUGGUUCAUCACCUACAUACCAUAUUCAUUCUCGUUUUACUACUACGAUCGCUUGAACCUUGCCACCAAGCUGGUCUUGUGCCUGCUGAUGUCAAAUACAGCGCUGGGAUUUGGUUUUCAUGUGAUAAUGGCCUGGGAGGGCACAGGCGAGGGCGCACGCUGGCACAAUAUGUUUCAGCCCGUCUCCUUGGACGAUAGUCUAUCGCUGAUUUAUGUGAUUUGUAUGCUCUCAGUGGGCGGCCUAAUCUAUCUGACAGUCUGCUUAUAUGUGGAACAGAUCUGCUGUGCAGACACGGCAAUGACUCGUCGUUGGUAUUAUCCUUUUCGGCGUACAUUUUGGUCACAACUUCUAAGUCAUUCGGAUAGUACACAACUUUACCCAGCACACCCACUUUCCAGCCCAAUCAAUUUGAACAAAAGAAAUCCAAAUAUUGGCAUUCAGCUGUGCAAUCUGCACAAGAGCUACGGCAAGCAUAAGGCUGUCAAUGGAUUAAAUCUGAAAAUGUAUCGCAACGAAAUCACAGUGUUACUUGGCCAGAAUGGUGCCGGAAAGACGACAACAAUUCAUAUGCUAACGGGCAUUGUCCAACCAUCGGCUGGCACAGCCCUACUCAACGGCUAUGAUAUACGCAGCCAACUGGCAGCGGCGCGCCGAUCCUUGGGCAUUUGCCCCCAGCAGAAUAUACUCUUCGACCAGAUGACGGUGCGAGAUCAUAUUAAAUUCUUUAGCCAACUGAAAGGUGUGCGCGGCCCGGCCGCUGUUAGCUGUGAAGUGAGUAAGUACAUGAGGCUAUUGGAGCUGGAGGACAAAUCACGCAUUGCUGCCCGUAAGCUGUCCGGUGGCAUGAAACGGAAACUUUCGCUGUGCUGUGCGCUGUGCGGCAACACGAGCAUUGUGCUGUGCGACGAGGCCAGUGCUGGCGUCGAUGCAGCCGGACGUCGAAGUCUCUGGGAGCUGUUGCAAGCCGAAAAGAUCGGACGCACUGUACUGCUGACCACACACUAUAUGGACGAGGCGGAUGUGCUGGGCGAUCGCAUUGCCAUUCUGUGCGAUGGCAAACUCAAAUGUUAUGGCAGCUCAUUUUAUCUGAAGAAACGUUAUGGCAUCGGCUACCGUUUGAUUUGUGUUAAGCAAAAGAGUUGCAAUGUUGCAGAGGUCACACAGCUGCUGCAUAAACAUUUGCCGGCCAUACAGCUGGAGAGUGAGUUUGGCAGUGAGAUAGCCUAUCUUUUGCCCAGCAAGCACUCCAAGAAAUAUCCGGAUUUAUUGAGUGCCUUGGAGCAGCAGUCGAACGCGCUGAAAUUGGAUGGCUAUGGCGUAAGUGUGACCACUCUGGAGGACGUUUUCAUGCAAGUCAGCCACAUAGCAGAGAACGAAGCUGCUGCUGCUGCUGCACAGCCACAAGGUGAGGAAGGAUUCAAUGAUUUGUUUACCGAUAUGGAAAUGAAAGAAAAGCGCUGGUACACCCGCUGCUACAUGCGCUGGCAGGCACUCUUCCUGAAGAAGGCUCUCAUCACUGGCCGCAACUACUGGCUGCUGCUGGUGCAGAUUCUACUGCCCAUAUUAAUUAUGUCGCUGACGAUACUCAAUUCGAAGGGCGGACGCAUUUACUAUGAGCUGCCUGCAAUGAAAAUUUCACUGCAUCAGUAUCCCAAGGCCUUUGUGAUAUUUCACGAUGAGACAAAUGAGCAAAUGCCAUCACUGGCCACCGCCUAUGCGGAGCAUUUGUCCAGCUACGGCCUGGGCUAUAGCCUAAUAAAUAGGAGUGAUGAUGCCAGCAUGGAGGAAUACAUUUUGGGUAUUGGCAAAAAUCUGAAUCGUCGCAUCGAUUUUCAGUACUUGGCCGGGCUGAGUAUCGGCACGGAUAACCUGACAGUUUGGUUAAAUAAUAAGCCAUUGCAUACGGCCCCAUUGACACUCAAUUUGCUGCACAAUGCGCUGGCAGUGGAAAUGCUGGGCAAGCAGGCCAGAACGGGGGUCACCAAUGCCCCCUUGCCGUACAACAAUCAAACACUGACGCUGCGUCUGAACAAGGGACAGCGGCUGGGCGCUGAAAUAGCCAUCAACCUGGGCCUGUGCAUGAGCAUUAUCACGGCCCUGUAUGUGAUUCCGAUCAUCAAGGAGCGCGAGACGCGGGCCAAGCUAAUGCAAUUCCUGACGGGCGUCGAUGUGUUUGCCUACUGGAUCAGCCAGCUAUUGUGGGACUAUGCCGUAUUCUCGGUGUCUGCCUUAAUGGCCAUACUCACAAUUUCCGCCUUCCAAGAGCCUGGCUAUUCAACGGUCUCCGAUUUGGGCCUGUACUAUGCCAUUUUAUUAUUAUUUGGCUUGGCCGCCCUGCCGCUCAGCUACACAUUCUCCGGCUUCUUCUGCGAUGGCGCCACGGGCUUCACACGCACUGUGAUUGCCACCACCUUAACGGGCACUGGCUUGUUCAUGCUGGUGCUGGCCCUGUCAUUCGAAGCCUUUCAGCUGAAGCACAUUGCGGUGCAGCUGGCCUGGUACUUCCGUGUGUUCCCCCAUUACUGUUUGGCCAGUGCCAUUCAUCAUAUUCACAUUGGAUUUAAUAUACGGCGUGGAUGCAGCUUUGCGGGUGUUCGCAAACUGCCAACAAGCAUUCGCUGUCGCACCAUACCCGUGUGUUGCAACAUUCCCGGCUACUUUGAUUGGCCUGCGCCCGGUGUGCUGCCAGAGAUCCUGUACCUGUGCGUGGUGGCCGUAAUUCUGCUCUCGUUGCUAAUGAUUUGUGAUGCCAAGAUCUGUACCUGUGAGGCUGUCUGCUGUAAGCCCUAUAGACUGUUGUGUUCGAUUGGCAAACGUCGCAGAGUGCAGAAAGGCGAAUCAACGUUCGAUAACGACGAUGUCAAACGGGAGAGUUUCCUUGUUAAAAAUAUGACACAAGCGCAACGGAAACUGAUGCCGCUGCUGGUGGAUGGCAUUAGCAAGCGUUAUGGCAACAGCUUUGUGGUAAAGGAUCUCUCAUUUCAUGUCACGCACGCCGAGUGUUUUGGCCUGCUGGGCAUCAAUGGCGCCGGCAAGACCACAACCUUCCGGAUGCUAACUGGCGAUGCACGCAUCAGCGCCGGCUUCGCUUACGUUGAGGGCAGAAACUUGUGCAAUAAAAUGCAUAAAGUAUACGAAAAGAUCGGCUAUUGUCCGCAGUUUGAUGCAUUGUUUGAUGAUUUGACUGGUCGCCAGACCCUGCGCAUUUACUGCCUCCUGCAGGGCGUGCAGCGUCGCCAUGUGGCUGAAGUCUGUUCGGCCCUGUCCGUAUAUUUCGGUUUCCAUCCACACAUAGAUAAGCUAACCAAGCACUAUAGCGGUGGCAAUAAGCGCAAGCUGAGUGCUGCCAUAUCGAUUAUUGGUAACCCAUCCAUCCUGUAUUUGGAUGAGCCGACAAGUGGCAUGGAUCCGGCAGCACGGCGACAGAUAUGGCGGCGAAUAGCCCAUAUACGGGCAGCGGGUAAGUCGAUUGUGCUGACAUCGCACAGCAUGGAUGAGUGCGAGACGCUGUGCACCCGCCUGGCCAUUAUGGUGGAUGGCCAAUUCAAGUGCAUUGGAUCUGUGCAAAAUCUUAAAAAUCGAUACUCAAAGGGACUCAUAUUGAAGAUGAAAAUUAAGCAUUCCAAGAGAAGUGUUCAGCGACCAGUAGACAGUUCGUCCAGUUCGGAAGGGUCAGUUAAAAGAGGCGAUGAAGUAACGCGUACAAAUAAUAAUAAGCGAACUGCUGAAAUUAACAUAAUCAAUGGAAAUGAUUUGGCCAAUCGAAUUUUAAAACUAAAGAACUUCAUUUCCAAAGCGAUGCCCGAUGCCAUGCUGAAGGAAAACUGCAAUGGCAUGCUCACGUAUUACAUUCCACUGCAGCAGUUAAUGUGGUCGAAGCUAUUUCGAUUAAUUGAAAAUAAUAGAGACAAAUUAUACAUAGAGGAUUACUUAAUAAUACAGACAAGAUUGGAGGAAAUAUUCUUGGAUUUUGCACUAAAACGAGAUCAGUCUGGCGAGCCAUAAAAUUAAUU